AUGGCCGAACUUGAUUCCACUUCAAAUUCAACUCUAACUCCUCCUCCAUCUACUUCCGCGGGUAACAAUGAAUCUUCUGGAGCUUCACCAUCGACUUCCCGAGGCCGUCGCAACGAUCAGAACGCCGCUGACCGAUCUCAGGCUCGAUUCCGGUCGCCUGAAAUUGAACCGAUCGUUGGCCAUGCUGGCAGAGUCAUUGGCUGGGGAAUCGGGGACGAGUCGUCGUCUGUUAGGGAAGAUGCAUGGUCAUGCUUUGCUGUCGUAUUCACGUUUUGGUUUUUCGUGUCAGUGACUAUAAUACUUGGGGUUUAUGGGUCCAUGAAUCUCUUGCUUGGUCCAGAAACAUCGAUUGUGUUCCAACCUAGCCCUCUGUUCGUGCAAUAUCUCAGGGUAGAAAACUUAGAAGAAAAGCCAGGUCCUGUCGUGUAUGGUACUUACCAAUAUCCAGAACUUGAUGUUAUUACCACUUGGGAACAAACUCUGCAUGCAACUAUUCCCUCUGACACACAUCAGGAAUGGAUUUAUUAUCUGAAUACAGGUUCAGAAGUGAAUAUUUCAUAUCACUUGAGCCCUGUGAGCUCCUCCGUUCUCCUUAUAAUUGCAGAUGGGGCUGAAAGCCUCGCUCAGUGGAUUGAAUACCCUACAUACCGUAAUUCAACUCUCUCAUGGAACAUGAUCCAUGGAGCUGGUAUGAUUACACAGAAAAUACACAGGUCGUCGAGCUAUUAUGUAGCGUUGGGAAAUUUGGAUGAGGUGGUGCAGGUGGAACUAAACCUCACAGUUAGGGCCUACUUGCACAAUACAAAGAAUGCUUACUACAAAUAUGCCUUGGCAAGUAGAAGUUCGUGCAGUUUGAGCAUUUUCUUUCCACAAGGAAACGCAGCUAUCUUGACUACUCCUGGUCCACAAAAGAAUGCAUCAGAUGAUGAAUGGUACGUCAAAGUGACCUAUGGACCUAGAUGGAUCACAUAUAUUGUAGGCAUAGGUGGAUUGACUUUGCUUAUGUUUUGGGCAUUCAACCUCUUGAACAAUCUCCAGUUUGCCCGUGAAGAAAGAGCAGGAGUUAUAAACAAUGGGACGGCACCUGAUAGAGGCCCUUUGCGCUCUCGAAAAGAUGAUGACCUUUCCAGCUGGGGUUCAUCAUAUGAUUCACUGUCACAAGAUGACGAAGAUCUUGACUCUCAGGCCGGAGGUUCCGCGGAGGGGAAGUCUCUAGGUGAUGGAGAAAUUAGUAACAAUACUCGGCGUCUCUGUGCCAUUUGCUUUGAUGCUCCGAGGGAUUGUUUCUUUCUUCCUUGUGGGCACUCUGCAGCUUGUUUUGAAUGUGGAACUAGGAUCGCCGAGGCUGCUGGUACUUGCCCUGUUUGUCGUAGGAACAUGAAGAAAGUGAGAAAGAUUUUUACUGUUUGAUCAGUUCACUGUCUUGUGUAACGGAGUAAGCCAUGCCUACCAGAACUAUAUAGAUAAUAUGUUACGUAGUCAUUACUUUCCUUGCGGUCAUUAACAAUGAUCAAGCUAGGUAAAGGUUGGCACUAGUAAGAGGCGUAUUGACUGUUGAGUACUCACCAUUUUAAAAAGGUGCAUCCUCUAAUAACGUAUGCACUAAAUCCUUCAAGGUGAAGUAUUCAUACACAAUUUUUUAGAAAAAUAUUUCUUAGCCUCUUAGAUGAGUAUAAAGUGUAACUCUUCGAAUCCACAAGAUGUAGCACAAUUAAGAGAA